AUGCUCUGUUUAAGGCUACACAUCGCCCUUGGUAAAGUUGCAACAAACAGUUCCGUCGCAUAUAAAGCCAUAGACGGUGUUAUUGGCGGAAGGUCGGACACGAAGCCUGAUCUUUGCGCUGUCCUGAAUAAGACCGCCCUUGCAGACCCCGCCUGGCAACUUGACCUCGGGGUCGCCUACCCUAUUGGCACGGUCAUCAUCCACAGAUUCGUCACCAACUCAUGCUCCAACGACUGUCGUACUGCCAUGUCCGGUUUUCGAGUGUUUCUGAGCAAUGCCUCCAACACUGAAGACCCAGCGUUCCUCGUCUACACGGAGCUAUCGCCCACACCGCAGUCGGUGAUCACCAUUGUUUUGGACCCACCUUCAGUGGGGCGGUUUGUUCGUAUAGACUUACCAGGAAAGGUGAAAAGUAGCACCCUGACACUAUGUGAAGUGGAAGUCCUUCUGUACGACGGCACAAGACCAACUGUUUUAUCAAAAAAUAAUUCGAACUGUGUGUCGGUGUCCACUGAAUGGCGAGGCAUGCUGACUCACACGGUCAGUGGGCGUGAAUGUCAGUUAUGGAGCCUCGACACUCCUCACACGCACAAUUUCAACGAUAGACAAAGAUUCGCUAACGGUGAAAUUGUCACUGAGGCGAAGAACUACUGCAGAGACCCUGACGGCGAAGGGACACCUUGGUGCUACACGAACGACCCCGGCCGACGCUGGGAGUUCUGUCCUGUCCCUAUGUGCACGGCUGGUUCGCAUUUACCGGUAAUGGACAAAACAGUCAGUGGUCCGUGCAAGACGGGAUGGACAGAGAUUAGCAACACAGGGGCAUGUGUUAUACGCGGACAAGAAAAUCUCACAUUUGCCGACUCAGACAGCGCAUGCAGAAACGAAGAAGCGUUGGCGUUUCUUCCCAAGAAAGAUGGCGGAGUAGAUGAUGUGCACUUUGCUGUCAAUUUAGCGAAUGGGACGUCGCCCAACCAUACAGGGGUAUCGAUGCUAGCCAACAAAGGAAAUAUGUCCCUUGAAAUCAAUAUCUGUGUUGCUGUGGAUGGAACUAAGUUUGAACUUUACCAACAAAAGUGUCUCGAUCGACUUCCUUACUAUUGUUCUACUGCAGAGCGUUUUACGAUCUACAAGACGCCGAAGACCACAAUAUUCACAGUGGUUCCAAUAAUCAAGGCAAACCAAUUCUUUGUAUUUGAAUUUCGAGGGUUCGAUGGAGCUACUGUGUUGCUUAGCAAUUCGUCAACCGGCCAGAAAUACGAAAUACGAAUUGGUGGCAACGUGUUUAUACAGUCGUAUAUAAAUGUACUCGACAUUAAACAGAAUACUAAACUGUACAAGACAGCGAUACAGGGAUUAUACAACGCAACCUUCUUCAGUGGUUUUUGGAUGUCUUGGUCAGGUAGUAACAUAAAAGUUGGCAAGGGACACGAUAUUGGCCGCAAUGUGUUCAUGGAAGUCCGGACUUCCAACUUCAUACCAGAGACACUCGGUAUAGGAACUCCGACCGGUUAUGAAGGUGAAUGGAAGGUUCCGAAAGAACAAUCUACCGUAACAAGUGCGCCUAGCAGUACCGCAGUCGCACCAGAUGACCGAGUGAAUCUUGCUAUCGGUAAGCGGGCAUACCAGAGCAGCACGCACGAGAGGGGUGCGGCGACAGACGCAGUUGACGGCUGUACUGACGGCACAUACAAUAACUAUUGCUGCACGCACACGGAGAUAGAAGAUGGCCCUUGGUGGGAGGUGGACUUAGGCGGUGACUUCCCUAUCAAGGAGAUAGUGGUCUACAAUAGACAGGAUUGUUGCUCUGAGAGAUUGGCAGGGUUUGUCACGCGCAUAAGUUUUGUGAGUGUAAGCACUAACGACGAUGACAUCGUCUACAAAGAAGACUCGCAGAAAGUUCCCCCCUACGUAACACGGAUCCCAACGCAAGGACGACGCGGAAGGUUUGUUCAACUAUCGCUUCCCAAUAAGCGGCAACCUUUAACGCUAUGCGAGGUUGAAGUAAUACUCGACUCGGACGUAGCCAAGUGUGAGAAAGGUUGGCAUGUGGCGCCGACAGCCGACAAGUGCUACCACGUCAUGCGAGUGCCACUGGCGCACACAAAGGCCGUGGAGGUGUGUGACCAGCUGGAGGCACGUAUUGCACUGCCAACAGCGCCUGAGGAAGAGCUUUUUUUAUACUCAUUGUUACUUUCCCUAGCUGACACCCCAAAGGCCAUGUGGCUUCCAAUACAGAACCGCGCCGGUGUUGUGAAUCUACUUCCUGGUGUUUCAACGUUGACGUACAAAAGGUGGAAAGCGGCUGUGGGAACGGACAGUUCAGCGGGCCAAUGUGGCGGCGUGGACUUGGGCAACUCCACCAGCAGCGGCAGCUGGGGCUGGUACCCCUGUUCUGAGGUCUUCACCGUGAUCUGUGAGAAACGAGAGGAGAAAUCAACUACAGCAAUCGUCACAUUAAUGUCGACCACAGCAGGUUCAACAACGAAAAUAACAACAACUCAAACAGCAUUGCCUCGGCAUACAGAAUGUCUGUCGAACUGGCAGCUGAACUCCAAGCGGUCCGCCUGUUACAGACUGUAUUUUGAAUCGCUAACGUUCUAUGAAGCUCGAGACAAAUGCGUGUCACAAGGCGCAAAACUGGCCAGCAUAGAAAACUUUGAGGAGCAAACAUUCUUGAAGGGUUACAUCGAAGACAAGGGAGGCGGCCGCUGGUAUGAUGCUGCCUGGGUGGGGGCGAUAGACCAGCACGUGGAGGGACGCUGGCAUUGGGACAUGAAUGAAGACAUCCCAUGGGCGGGCGACCUGCAGUGGGCACCAAACCAACCGGACAACUGGAAGGGUGUCGAGGACUGCGGUACUUUGCGUAUCGGCGAUAACGAUCCCGGCAAGUUGAAUGACCUCGAAUGCGACUAUAAGCCGGCUGGAUAUAUCUGCAAAAUAGCAGGUUCAACAACGAAAAUAACAACAACUCAAACAGCAUUGCCUCGGCAUACAGAAUGUCCGUCGAACUGGCAGCUGAACCCCAAGCGGUCCGCCUGUUACAGACUGUAUUUUGAAUCGCUAACGUUCUCUGAAGCUCGAGACAAAUGCGUGUCACGAGGCGCAAAACUGGCCAGCAUAGAAAACUUCGAGGAGCAAACAUUCUUGAAGGGUUACAUCGAAGACAAGGGAGGCGGCCGCUGGUAUGAUGCUGCCUGGGUGGGGGCGAUAGACCAGCACGUGGAGGGACGCUGGCAUUGGGACAUGAAUGAAGACAUCCUAUGGGCGGGCGACCUGCAGUGGGCACCAAACCAACCGGACAACUGGAAGGGUGUCGAGGACUGCGGUACAUUGCGUAUCGGCGAUAACGAUCCCGGCAAGUUGAACGACCUCGAAUGCGACUAUAAGCCGGCUGGAUAUAUCUGCAAAAUAGAUUUAAAGACGGUGAAUGUUUCGACGACUUCACCUGUGUCUGCUAAUAACUCUUGGACUGCGGAAUACGGCCCCGAAACAAGCACGAAGCCAUCGAAUAUUACAAUAUCGACGAAAGUGACGACUACAACGAACCAAGAAUUACCACCCUUGGUGAAUCGUUUCUGCGGUCCAGGAUGGGAGUACGACGUCUACAGUGACCGGUGCUACCGAGUCAGCAAUUUCGCGGGGUCUUUUUUGCAGGCCAAGGAAUGGUGCGGGCAGUACGGCGGUGCCCUAGUUAGUAUCAGCUCGCCCUCCGAGUUCGUCUUUAUCAUUGGUAUCCUUCAUAAGUACGGGACAGUUCAGACGCGAUACUGGCUCGGUCUGACCGCAGGGGUCGAGGAAGGCUGGCGCUGGAUGGACGGGUCCCCAUUGGCCUACUUCAACUGGGCACCCGAUGAGCCGAAUGACAAAAGAUGUGCCUUCCUCAUCACCGGACCAUCAUCUAACUUCAGUCAGUGGGCGACAGACGAGUGUGACCAGAACUAUCACUUCGUUUGCAAGAAACCGGGAGUUAAAGAUGAGGCUUCAAUUACCACGACAUCCUGGCCAACAUCCGGGCCGCUUCAGCAGGACACGGGCCUGGGUUGCCCGCAGCAUGGUUGGAAGGCGUAUGAGAAGUCGUGUUACCUAGUCGUACAGGACAAGACGGACUGGACCCAGGCACUGCACAAAUGCCGACGAUUUGCUUCCGGCGCCGACCUGGCGAGCUUUAAGGAUGAAUUGGAAAUGGACUUCAUUUGGUCGACAUUGGACAACGACUUCUAUUGCAACGAUAUAUACACGAACUCUACAAAGUGUCAAAUCUGGGCGUCCCGAGGAGAAUGCGACAACAAUCCGGUUUGGAUGGCCACACACUGCCAUAAGUCGUGUCAGCUCUGCAUGCACAACUGUAGGGACACGUACGGCGAGCAAUGCUUAAAUUGGGCCCGGAUUGGUGAGUGCAAUAAAAACCCAGUGUGGAUGGCUGCGAACUGCGCGGAUUCAUGUGGAGUCUGCAAAGGAGCGCCCUCUCGAGGCUACUGGUUGGGCAUGCAGAGGAGUCCGGGGCAGAGGUUGUACUCCUGGUCGGACAGAUCCCCCGUGACAUACACGCUCUGGCACAAAGGGGAACCAAGCGCUCUGGAGAAUACCGGCGGGAGCUGUGUUGGACUCUAUGUCCCGAUUAAUCAAAUGAACGAUGGAUCGUGUAGCGACAUAUUAGAUGGAUACGUUUGUAAACAGCCUAUGCAAAGACUUUCAAACGCAAGCGCCAUUGAUAAUUCUCUUGGAUGUAACGGGACGCAGCUAGCCUAUAAGGACAUGUGUUUCAAGUACAUUCAUAGCCCAAUGACAUGGAAUAAAGCGAAGACAUACUGCGAGACAACUGAACGCGGCUCCCUGGUUGUUAUUAAGAAUCGAUACGUUCAGGCAUUCGUGGCCAGUGAGCUCCAUAAUCAGAUCGAGGACGUCUGGAUUGGAUUGUCGAUAAAUGGGUCUCUGCCAUCCAAACUGCAGUGGGCUGCUGCCGACCACCACAUUCGCUUUACCAACCUCGAAGCAGCGGACAUUAACAGUUUAGGUAACACUGGAUGUUUUGCCUUGCAACAAAAGAAACCCAUCGGUCUUUGGAAGGAAUACAACUGCUCAACGAAACUGCCGUUCUUGUGCCAGAAACUAAGAAAUGGCUUUUCCACGGCGCCAGCUAUGCCAACCGUGCCCACUACUAACGUGGCAACAAAGUGCGAUGAUUCCUGGACACAAUUCCAAGGCGUCUGUUAUAAGCUAUCAUCAAGAGAUCAUGGUUUGAAGACUUGGUCAGUUGCCAACGACAUCUGUACACACUAUGGGGGAAACUUGGUCUAUAUUGGUUCACAAGAUGUGCAAAACUUCAUCUAUAGUUUUGUCAACGGCGAUAUAUUUCUGGGACUUCAUGACAAAGGCAACGAAGGGGUGUUUGCGUGGAGUAACGGCAAGCCCAUGGUUUACACCAAUUGGGUCUCGGGCGAGCCCAACAACUAUGGGGUGAACGAGGACUGUGCUAGCAUGGUGAAGUACAAUGGGCAAUGGAAUGACGACAGCUGCCACACCACAAAAGCGUUCGUUUGUGAAAUACCACUGGGAAAACCUGUCAAUAAAGAAGCAGUGCCCGAUUUCUCAAAACUUGAAGAAUGCAAUACAACCUCAUACGGCAACAGCAAUAUGAAAUGGUACCGACAUCAAGCCUUCUGUUACUACGUGGAGACUCAAGCUAGCAACUUCAAAACGUGGUCCUUGGCUCAGGAUUUCUGCAACUCAGUUCAUGGGAAUUUAGCAAGCAUUGACUCUGAAGGAACCAACGAUUUCUUGACCGUGAUGGUAGCACAGUCAGUGAACAGGGAAACGUGGAUUGGACUUUGGAAAAAUGACGUCAACGGUAAAUUCAAAUGGAAGGACGGGUCCAGUGUACAAUUUGCAGCAUGGCAUCCUGGGACAUCUAUAUCAAAAUCAUGCAUAAUGAUUAAGAACGAUGGUCUCUGGAUAGAUGGGCAUUGUAAUUCGAAAGGGCCGUUCAUUUGCAAGCGCCCUUUAGUGCCAUAUACAACAAACACGACCGUCUUGCCAUCGACGUCUGCCGCAUCUUCCGGCGGCUGCGAGGUUGGCUACUGGCAGUUUGGAAGCAAGUGUUAUGGAAUCAGCGACCCGUCAGGACCACUUAUGACGAGUGACCUCGCCUUUGCAAACUGCAGGCGACAGAGGGGAGAGCUUCUCACUAUAGAUUCAGUCGACGAACAAGUAUUUGUUAGUUCGAUUCUGAUUGGUCAACACCAUGGAGUCUGGACGUCAAUGACUCGAUGGAGCGACGGCGCGUUCAAAUGGGGCGGACAGAGAGUCGUUCAUUUCACGAACUGGGCUCCCGGGGAACCGUCGUAUACGAGGGCCGGAAUGUCGCAUGAGAAUUGUGUCGAGUUGCUCAUACGACCGGACAUGCUCGGGCGAUGGAAUGACGUCUCGUGCGACGCUGAACGCGGCUACAUAUGUACCAAGGCUUUAGACAGCUCCUUGCCUCCUCAAACCGCCGCGCCGAGCGAGUGUCCGCAUGGCUACUCUGGGUUCACUGACACGUGUAUACGUCACGUGACAAGUUCAAAACAAGGCUUUGUGGACAGUCAACGCGUGUGCGCCGAGCUCGGUGGGCGUGUGAUGACGGUAGACAGCGAGGCAUACAAUCCAUACAGCCUAUUGAAAAGCCUUAGCUCAGAAGGUCAAGUCUGGGUAAACUAUGCUAAGAAUUCUGGAAGCGGGUGUUUCGUCCAGACAGUUGACACCAUUAAACAAAACUUGAAAGGAUGCACAGAGGCGUUGACUGUCCUGUGUGAAACAGAACGACUUGGCAGAACCACUACGCCCAAACCCACCAUACCGCCAAACACAACGACAUGUCACGGCGAACACUCAGUGCGUAUUGAACAACGCUGUUUCGCACUAUUUAAAACUAAGCUUCAAUUUCACGUUACAUUGGAAGCGUGUACCAAGUUGGGCAUGGCCCCAGCGAGUAUUCAUAGCGACACCCAAAAUCAGCAACUUAUCGAUUGGAUAAACACUCAGAACAUGUCGUUGAGUGAAUUCUGGAUUGGCUUAAUGGACAUGUUCGGACAACCGUUAUGGAUUGACUCUACCAGCAUGGAUUAUCGAGGGGCCAUGGUAAUGGUAAAUUACUACGGGUCAAGUUAUGUCCUGGAGAAGUGCGGCUAUGUAACGACAGGGCAGUAUUCAUGGUUCAUCACGUCGGACUGCACAGAGGAACGUGCGUUCUUGUGUGCCGACAUUACAGGUGACAACAAUGGAACCUUUGUGCCGGAAGAAAUUACUUCUUCUUACAUAUAUUCUGAAGAAACGUCUUCGGUAGACACAAGUGACGAUGCCAGGCCAACAUAUUAUCCUAUUAACAGACGAUACCACGGAGGGCCACCCGACUCUAAAGCUGCUGCACCAUCGAGCUUAUCUGCUGGUCAGAUUGCGGCAUGGGUCAUAGGCGCAUGCGCACUUGUAGCAUGUAUCGGCGCCGUGGUGUAUCGGCUGCGGUGUUCCUCAUUAAAGGCGAAACUCCUCUCGGCUACAAAACGCUCAGAUCUUGGUUUCGACAACGCUUUAUUUCAAAAGGACGGGGACGAAACUGUCAUGCUAGAGUGAAUGGCAUUUGCAAAUACUAUCAUGCUGAAACGAUGGGGCAUUUCAUGAACAAAACUUUCCGAGAUGGCAUUAAGAAACGAUGUCGACUACAGCAAAAUCCGGAUCUAGAUAAUUGUUUAUAUUGAUUGUGCUUUAUUGACAAUUGUUCAUUAGAAGAAUUCUUACAACAAAUACCAAUUAUUGUUUUAAAGAAGUAACAUACUUGUAGUAAUUAUUCAUAAUGUGUGUACAUUUUGUACUGAAAUCGAACAAAAAGUUCAUGGAAAUGGGUUCUUUUAAUGGACCUCUUCUGUUGAAAUUAUGUGCUGUUUAAAGAAGAGUAUUUUAAUAUAUGUAUAUAUUCGCAUUGCU